UUUCUUCAAAAUGUUUAAAAUAUUAUUAUUUUUAAUUUUUAUAUUUGAAUUAGCUAAUUCUGACGGAGAUUUUUGGACAGAAUUUUUAACUAAAGGAUCUUAUUCUUAUGGAAGUGAUAAAAGUAUGCCUCUCGAUUUGGGUGUAUUAACUGGUGGAGGAAGUGACAAUAAUCCGUUGGCAUUUUUAUUUGGAGGAGGAAGAUGA